CCGCUACAUUUUUCGUGUGGUCGUCCUUCACAACAUGGAUUUAAUGUUUCUAAACUUCUCUUAGACCAUUGGAAAGAAGGUCGUCUUGUUGAAGAUGCACAGAAAUUUUUGCCCAUACAGUACGCAGUACAAUGUGGUAAUGUGGAUACUGUAAAUUUAUUGCUUCAAGAGGAUGAUUAUAACCAAUUGGUGCACGUAGAUGCACAUGGAAACACGCUACUUCAUGUUGCGUGUCGUUCAAGUAACAACGAGAUUUUACAACUUUUGGCAGAUUAUGAAGAAAUUGAUGUCAAUAUUGCAAAUGAUAUGGGUUGGACAGUACUUCAUGAAGCUGCCUCAACAGGAAACUUGAAUUCUCUUAAAAUUUUAUAUAAACUUCGAGCUAAUGCAAAUGUUCUUGAUAAGGAAGAUCGGACACCACUGCAUAUUGCAGCUGCUGCUGGAUAUACACAUAUAGUCAAUUUACUUAUAGAAAAAUUUGAGGGCUCAGUACGAGCUCGUACACGAGAUGGUAGUACGUUGCUUCAUGUGGCUGCUUUAAGUGGACACGCAGAUACAGCAUUGACUUUUCUGAAACAUGGUGUCCCGUUGAAAAUGCCGAAUAAAAAAGGUGCCUUAGGUUUACAUUCUGCUGCUGCUGCCGGAUUCACAGAUGUUGUUCGAGUGCUCAUUAUUAAAGGAACGAACGUGGAUGUAAAAACUGGAGAUAACUAUACGGCGUUGCAUGUGGCAGUACAGGCAGGCAAAGCAUCGGUUGUAGAAACGUUACUCGGUUAUGGCGCUGAUGUACACGUACACGGAGGGGCAAUUGGUGAAACUGCUUUGCACAUUGCUGCGUCGUUAACUACUGAAGAUGCGAUUGAAUGUGCUAUUAUGUUGCUUAAAAGUGGUGCGCAACCCAACGUUACGAGAAGUGAUGGUGAGACUACACUGCACAUUGCGGCCCGUAAUCCGCUUUCCGGAAUGAUACGCUUGCUGCUCAACGAAAAUGCUGAUCCUAAACUUUGCUCAAAUAGUAGCGAAAGUGCUUUACACGUAGCUGCAAGAAGCUGUAAUAGUGAAGCAGUUACUCUCAUAUUGGAAUACCUUUCACAGCAAAUGUCACCUCAAGAAAUAAAAGAAUUUGUUAAUGCGCGAACUCAGGAUGGUCUAACUGCUGUACAUUAUGCUGCGCAGAUAACCCAGAAUCAGUUACAUUUUCCAGGGGAAGAUGCAAAAUUGAUCAAUACUCUUAUUGAUUACGGUGGUCAACCAGAACUUAAUCAAGAAACAGCAAUGCAUCUGGCUGCACGAUCUGGUAAUGAAGCUGCGCUAGUAGCUAUUGUUGAUAACAUUGGUGCUGGAGCAGUACAAAUUGUUCAGAAUAAGCAAUCGAAAAAUGGCUGGUCACCAUUAAUGGAAGCAUGUGCAUUGGGACAUUUUGGUGUUGCAAAAAUUCUUUUACACCACCACGCACGUGUUGAUGUAUUUGAUGAAAACGGUCGUACAGCUUUGCAUUUAGCUGCGGCAAAUGGACAUUUAGAAUUAACGCAUCUCUUACUCACAAGUAAAGCAUUUGUUAACAGUAAAUCAAAAACUGGUGAAGCACCGUUGCAUUUAGCCGCUCAGAAUGGUCGAGUGAAAGUAAUAACAAUGCUCGUGCAAGAUCACGGUGCUGCACUUGAAGCAAUUACCUUAGACAACCGUACUGCACUACAUUUUGCCGCACGAUAUGGGCAACUUGCAGUUGCGCAAAGAUUACUCGCGUUAGGUGCGAAUCCAAAUGCACGUGAUGAUAAAGGACAAACACCGUUACAUUUAGCAGCUGAAAAUGAUUAUCCAGAUGUCGUCAAAUUAUUCCUCAAAAUGCGACAAAACAAUAGAGCAGUCUUAACAGCUAUUGAUUUGAACGGUUUUACAUGUGCUCACAUUGCUGCGAUGAAGGGCUCAUUAGCUGUUGUUAAAGAGUUAAUGAUGAUUGACAAAGCAAUGGUAAUUCAGGCAAAAACAAAAACAAUGGAAGCAACAACAUUGCAUAUGGCAGCAUCUGGUGGACAUGACAAAAUUGUCAAAAUUUUACUUGAUAAUGGCGCUAAUGCUGAAGACGAAAAUGCGCAUGGCAUGACAGCGCUUCAUUUGGGGGCUAAGAAUGGCUUCGUUUCCAUUCUUAAUGUUUUUGAGCAAUCGUUGUGGAGAAAAUGUUCAAAAAAGACAGGUUUGAAUGCUCUUCACAUAGCAGCUUAUUAUGGAAAUUCAGAUUUUGUUAUGGAAAUGUUAAAACACGUACAACCAAAUUUGCGAUCUGAACCACCCAUUUAUAAUCAUUAUAUGGUGAAGGAAUUUGCAACAGAAUAUGGAUUUACACCUUUGCAUUUGGCAGCUCAAUCUGGUCAUGAUGCAUUGGUUCGAAUGCUGUUAAAUCAAGGUGUACAAGUAGAUGCAACUUCCACUACUAUGAGUGUUAUACCUCUUCAUCUAGCAGCUCAACAAGGUCACAUAGCGGUAGUGGGGAUGCUUUUAUCACGUUCAACUCAACAACAACACACAAAAGAUUGGCGUGGACGAACUCCGUUGCAUUUAGCAGCAAUGAAUGGUCACUACGAGAUGGUUUCACUACUUAUUGCACAAGGAUCAAAUAUCAAUGUUAUGGACCAGAAUGGGUGGACCGGAAUGCAUUAUGCUACAAAAGCAGGGCAUCUGGAUGUCGUGAAAUUAUUUGUGAAAAGUUCAGCUGAUGCUCAAGCAGAAACCAAAGAAGGAAAAGUACCUCUUUGUUUCGCAGCUGCACACAAUCAUGUUGACUGCUUACGUUUUCUGUUAAAACAAAAGCAUGACACGCACGCGCUGAUGGAAGAUCGAAAGUUCAUUUUCGAUCUUAUGGUUUGUGGUAAAACAAAUGAUAAUGAACCUUUGAAAGAAUUUAUUCUUCAAAGUCCAGCUCCAAUUGAUGCUGCAGUCAAAUUAUCAUCUUUAUAUCGUGAAAUGAGUGAAAAAGAAAAGGAACGAGCUAAAGAUUUGCUGAACGUUUCUCAAUUUGCGGAAGACAUGGCUGUUGAAUUGCUAGGUAUAACAGCUAGUGAAUAUAACGCAGCAUUGUUAUUAAAAGCCAAAGAUAAUCGUGGACGGCCGCUUUUAGAUGUUCUAAUUGAAAAUGAGCAGAAGGAAGUCGUUUCAUACACAUCGGUUCAGCGUUAUCUUACCGAAAUUUGGACUGGUCGUGUGGAUUGGUCAUUUGGUAAAACAGUCGCUUUCACACUGAUGGUUCUCAUUUGCCCACUAGCUUGGUUUUAUUUCUCACUCCCACUUGACACACGUAUAGGACGUGCUCCUAUCAUAAAAUUUGUUUGUCACAUCGUAUCACAUAUCUACUUUACGAUCUUACUAACAAUUGUGGUGCUCAAUUUGACACACAAAAUUUACGAAGUGCAAAGUAUUGUACCCUAUCCGGUUGAAUGGUUGCUACUUCUAUGGCUAUCCGGCAAUUUAGUUUCUGUAUUGUCUAAUGUAGGAGGUGGUUCUGGCCUUGGAAUUGUAAAAGUAUUAAUUUUGAUACUUAGCGCAAUUGCGAUAGCAGUACACGUGCUUGCUUUUAUGAUCCCAACUUUAUUUAUGGAUGAUUUGAAUAGCGAUGAAAAAAUGCACUUCGUACGAACUAUGCUCUAUCUGAAAAAUCAACUUUUCGCCUUUGCCUUGUUAUUCGCCUUUGUGGAGUUUUUAGAUUUUCUUACUGUGCAUCAUUUAUUUGGUCCAUGGGCUAUCAUUAUACGUGAUCUAAUGUAUGAUUUAACUAGGUUUUUGGUCAUAUUAUUGUUAUUUAUAGCAGGUUUCACUUUACAUGUCACAUCUAUUUUCCAGCCAGCUUAUGAACCGGCAGAUGCAAAUGAUGCGCAGUUGAUGCGACUCGGAUCUCCGGAGCAAACUCUUGAAAUGCUCUUCUUUGCACUCUUUGGUUUAGUAGAACCGGAUACAAUGCCACCAUUACACUUGGUUCCAGAUUUUGGGAAAAUUCUUUUAAAAUUGAUUUUUGGAAUCUACCUUCUUGUGACAUUAAUUGUUUUAAUAAACUUGCUAAUUGCUAUGAUGUCUGACACAUAUCAAAGAAUUCAAGCACAGUCAGAUAAAGAAUGGAAAUUUGGACGAGCAAUAUUAAUUCGUCAAAUGAAUAAACGUUCUGCUACUCCGGCUCCUAUAAACAUGUUAACGAAAUUUAUUAUUGUUCUCAAAGUAGCUUAUCGAAAUAAUUUGAAAUUGUGUACGCAAAAAGCUCAGCAAGAUUUGCGACAUGAGGAGAAUAUCGAUGCGUUUUCCAUGAGCGGUGAUGCAGGUCGUAUCAGUCCCACACCAUUAGCUGUUCGACGCGGUCAAGAUGAAGAACUGGGAAAAAGUGAUGACUGGAGUAUCGAAAAAGUAAUUGACUGGAAACGUAUUGUCGAUAUGUACUAUCAAAUGAAUGGUGAAGUGGAAAAGGAGGAAAUUAAUUUGGAAGUGCCAUCAUGA